AUGAAGCAUCUUACUGGCGUUUUCAGAGCCACCGACACUCACAAAGUCACACGGAAUCGAAAGCCUGUCUCCUGCACCGCAUGUCAGAAGCGCAAAUCCAAGUGUGACCGAGCAAAACCCUCAUGCGGCGCCUGCCUUAAGCGAGGCGAUCCAAAUAUCUGUAUCUAUGGAGAUGCGGGGUUUCCGGGAGGAAAGCAAGAUAUGCAGCUCAAAGUGGCCAAGCUGGAAGAAAUCGUGAUGCGUCUCGCGGCGGCAUCAAAAACCUCCAGUGUGCCUACCAAUAUAAGCACAGGAACGAGUCUAAGUGGACACUCAUCUCUGGGAAUGGAAGAAGGCUCUGAUGCUGCGUAUCAUGGAGAGACAUCAUGGGAGGCUGUAUUCAAGAGCAUCAAUGAUAUUCAAAGUGUUCUUGAUACUCCAGAUGAGCCUGACCACCAUGACGAGUCUGAGUUUCAACCUGUUGCACCGGACAUUGCAAUCGGAGGAAUAUGUCCUAUCACAAUCAUCGAUAUUCGAAGUAGUUUGCCCUCUCGUCAAGAUGCAGAUGUCCUUGUCAGGACUUACUUCAACUCAAAGUUCCUCGCCAUUCCGUUCAUCCACGAGCGGCAUUUUUGGAGGCGCUAUGAGCUUUUAUGGAGUGCCUCUCAUGAGCCUAACUUACUAUGGUUGAGUAUAAUGUUUUCGGUGCUCGGUCUCGGUGCCAUGAUUUCGAGAGUGCAGAACCGUCAUCUCGAAUCUGUACAGGGUCCUAAGUUCUAUAUACAACGCUCGGCUCAAUGUCUUGUCACUGGAGAAUACCUCAAAGCCAAGGCAUAUUCUGUCGAGGCGCUCAUGAUGUAUGCUCAUUCGCGCAAUGUGACCAAGGAGGACUCAGAUGCUACUAUAUGGUCUUUCUACUCACUUGCGGUUCGCUUGGCGCAACGCAGGGGCUAUCAUCUUGACGCCGCCAGAGUGUCAACUACUAUCACCCCUUUCGAGGCUGAAAUGCGCCGAAGGACGUGGUUCAUGGUUCAGACUUCUGAUUUGCUCUUCUCGUUUCAGCUUGGAAUGCCUCCUAUGGUAUAUCAGGAAGUAUGCGAUGCUGGGCACCCUAGGAAUCUAUCAGACAACGACUUUGAUGAAGACACUGACGUGCCUGAAUCUCGACCUCCGACUGAACCUACACCAAUGCUCGCGUGGCAGAUCAAAUCCCACCUCUGCCGCCUCUUAAGACGUGUCCUCCGGCAUGUCCUCCGUGUUGAGUCACCGCCGUAUGAGGAGACUUUGGUACUUCAGGCUGAGUUAGAAGCAUAUCACAAUACCGUGCCUGAAUGCUUCUGUAUACGCCCUAUUGCCUCCACUCCGUGGGAUGUGCCCGGCUACACCAUCAUGCACCGACUCAUCAUAGAAGUAUCGUACCUCAAAACCAUUUGCAUACUUCAUCGCCCAUAUCUUUGUGCCAAUAGAAACCAGGAACGUUAUCGAAGGUCCCGUGAACUCUGCCGCGCCGCGGCUAUUCGAGUCGCUGAGAUUCACCUCGAGUUUGAGCAUGAGAUUCAAGAUGGGGGACGCAUGUACAAGGAUCGAUUUUUGCUCUCAAGUCUCACAUUACAUGACUUUUUAGUUGCGGCCAUGAUCCUUUGUCUAGAUCUUCUGGAGUCGACCGAUAUAGCCCAACAAGUCAAGUUGCAACAUGUACGGAUACUGGAGCGUGCUCACGAGGCCUGGCAGCAGCGCGGCGUACACUCCAAGGAUGCACUAUAUGGAUCCAAGGUUAUUCGCUCGACUUUGGAUCGAGUUGCCAUGCCGCUAGGCACGAUGUCCAGUUUAGGAGCUCAAGGUCUGGUCAGCAUAACAUAUCCCUAUACCGAAUCGACUGUAUGCAGUGAGAUUUCCGACUUUACUAUGCCAGAUAUGAACUUUUCUGGAGAUUACGAAGAGUUCCUUCCUCUGAAUACCAUUUUCGGGCCUACCGAGGGCUUCGACUGGGUCAGUUUAUCGGUGUAG